GCCAGCUCGGCCAACGUAGAGCUACGCCCGACCGGCGGCGCUGGGCCGACCUGUUAUUUGUUUCGGAGUUGUUUGAGCUUGUAUCAAAGCCACCUGCCGCGUGCCGAAGCGCCACAGCGCACCGCCCGCCGCAUACAAGACUGCCUACUGAGCAGGCGACACAGCACGCGAGGCGAGCGCGCGCGAGCAUAUAUACGGGACGCCCGACGCCCGUCGACGCCGCACGUAACGCGUAACUAAGCACCGGUAAAAAGCGACGCGCGCCGGCGGACACAACACCAUGCUCGACGCCGCGCGGCGAUUAGUGGAAGCGGUCGCGGACGCAGCAACAACCGACACACAUAACCCGACGAAGGAAUUAGCAAGGAAGUUGGGGGGCGGCAAUCUAGGCGACGAGCUCAGAGUAUUAGCCUCGAACUUUCUACUGUAUGUUACAUUAGUGAUCGCGUGCGCCGGCCUGCAGCACUACUACUUCCCCGACUCCAUAGCAAGGGCCCACGUCGUGCCGGAGACGGAGACGGCUGAUGAUAAUGACGAAGAGCCGUUAGUGGAUGAGCAGGGCGCCGGCCCGCCGUCACCCUUAGCGAGGAGGUCCUCGACGGAAGCAAUAGCGUCUUUGUUUGAUGAUACCAAAUUCAACCAAGAACACGCCACGAAGAAGGAGGUUCUUACACGAUUGGGCGUUUGUGUGGCUGGUCUACUCAUCUCCUUUCUCGUGUGGGGCGUCUUGCAGGAGCGGAUGCUGACCAAACCGUAUGAUGGGGACUACUUCACGUCGUCCUAUGGCUUGGUCUUCUUGAAUAGGUUGGGAGGCUUCCUCAUCUCAGGAGCGAUGCUCUAUGUAUUUUCUCCACCAGGGCAUAACGCGAUCGCGUAUAGAUUUGCCUUCCCAUCAGUAUCCAACAUGUUGUCGUCCUGGUGCCAGUACGAGGCCCUGAAAUACGUGUCGUUCCCGACCCAGAUGCUCUUCAAAUGCUUCAAAUUGUUUCCCAUAAUGGCCAUGGGUAAAUUGCUGGGCAACAAGAAUUACCCGUCCUACGACUACGGCGUCGCUGCGGCCAUUGGUGUUGGGAUUGCGGUCUUCAGUGUAGCGACGGAAGACCUGGAGAUCGGCCAGGACGCGAUAGGAGAGAUAGAAAAUGUGGGAGGCACGGUCUGCGGCAUCGUCCUACUGUUAUUCUUCUUGGUCUUCGACUCGUUUACGGGCCAGUACCAAGCGCGAUUGUUCAACGAACACCCCGACAUCUCGCCCUAUCACAUGAUGUUCAUGGUGAACACGUUUAGCAUGGUCUUCUCCCUGAUCACGCUAGUGCAUACGCACGAGCUCGAGUCUGCCGUAGAUUUCGUGGUCACGCACCCGGCGAUGCACAUCCACCUCGUAGUUUUUUCAUUGUGUAGCACGGUGGGCCAGCUCUUCAUCUUCAAAACCAUCAAGGCCUUUGGACCCGUCGUUUUCGCCAUAUGCAUGAACACUCGUAUAAUAGCAUCUAUAUUGCUAUCAGCGGUGGUCUAUUCCCAUGACAUCUCGAUCACAGGCUUCAUGGGUUUGGUGAUCGUGUUCGGAGCAAUAGCAUACAGAAUCAAACGCAAGAUGGGCAACCAAGCGCUCGUCACGUGGGCGGAGCCGGACGAUACCAAAAGCAUGGACGUGUUCCACGAGUGGCACGAGCACUGCGACAUGUAGUCUUCGGCGCGUAAGGAUGUGAGUAUAUGA